AUGGAUAUUUUGACUAACACUCUUGUUCUCUUUAAGGAAUAUGUUGCUUCUUACUUAGGAGUUGGGGCACAUGACAAUACAUCAAUGUCUUGCCCACAUAUAAGUGGAUUGACAGCACUGUUAAAAGCAGCUCAUCCACAAUGGAGUCCAAGCGCAAUCAAAUCUGCCCUAAUGACUACUGCCUACACUCAAGACAACACCAAAUCCCCUUUCCAAGAUGCUGCAAGAGGAGCACUUUCCAACCCAUGGGCUCAUGGGGCCGGUUCUGUAGAUUCACAUGAAGCCCUUUCUCCAAGCCUUAUAUACGAUAUCUCAACUGAGGAUUACAUCCCCUUCUUGUGCUCCUUGGACUACACUGUCAAUCAAGUCCAAACCAUUGUCAAACGCUCCAAUGUUACGUGCUCGAGAAAAUUUUCCAACCCUGGUGAACUCAAUUACCCAUCAUUCUUCGUCUUUUUUGAAAACAAUGGGGUUGUUCGAUACACCCAAGUGUUGAUGAAUGUCGAUGUUGCUUGGUCUGUCUGUCACGUGACUAUUAAUGUGCCAUCAUCGGUGGCUGUGAUAGUAGAGUCUCCAAUGCUUUUUUUUUUUGGAAAAGUAAGGGACAAACAGAAUUACACUGUUACGUUUGUGGUAGAGGGAGCAAGAGAUGCAUCCAUGUCCGAAUUUGGGUCAAUUGUUUGGAGCGACGGUCAACACCAAGUUAAGAGCCCAGUUGCUUUUCAAUGGACAGUUGUCAGAUCAAACUCAAAGUCUAUGACGUUUUGGGGUUUGUUUUUCCUUCACCUUUAG